CAGCCAGCUCGAAGCAACUCCGCAGAAGGGCGUAGACCUCGUCAGAGCUUCAUGCCCAUUCCCAUCCAAAACCUCCCCUCCACAUCACCCUAAUUCGACCUCAGGCUAGUGCAUACUUAGCUUGCCUGGUUUACUGAAUCCCCCCUCUUACACCUAUCGAUUUCCAACUUUCAACGACGUGACGCACCAGCUUUCGUCACCAUGUCUGACGGCGGCAUCUUGAAGGCCGAGAAGGACUUCACCAAGGAUGCUGACAAGCUGAUCCCAGAGGCGGAGGCGCUGGCAAAGACCGAUGUCCAGGGUGCUAUUGACAAGCUCUUGGUGCUGGAGAAGCAGGCAAGACAGGCCUCCGAUCUGCCCACCACAUCCAGACUCCUCAUCACUAUCGUCACACUCAGCAAGAACUCCGGCGAUUGGAACCUCCUCAACGACCAAGUGCUCCUUCUAUCCAAGAAACAUGGACAGCUUAAGCAGGCUACAACAAGGAUGGUGCAGACGGUUAUGGGAUUCCUUGACGAAACCCCUAACUUGGAUGUUAAGCUUUCCGUCAUUGAAACUUUGCGAACAGUGACUGAGGGAAAGAUCUUCGUCGAAGUUGAGAGAGCCCGUGUCACCCGCAUCCUAUCUAAUAUCAGGAAGUCCCAAGGCGACCUUAACGCCGCUGCCGACAUUUUGUGCGAGUUGCAGGUGGAGACCUUUGGUUCCAUGACCAGAAGAGAAAAGACAGAGUUCAUCUUGGAACAAGUUUCUCUUUGCAUAGAAAGAGGCGAUUGGACGCAGGCUACCAUUCUGAGCCGCAAGAUCAACAAGCGAUACUUUAACCGCAAGCCGAAGAAGACCCCCGAACAGAUUGAGAAGCUCAAGAAGGAGGCUGAGGAAAGAGAAAAGACUCGUGGCCCUGAUGAAGCCCCGAUGGAAGUCGAUGAUGAUGUGACGGAUUUGAAGCUUCGCUACUACGAACAACAAAUCGUCCUUUCCAACCAUGACUACAAGUACCUCGAGGUUUGCAAACACUACAGAGAGGUUUUGGACACAGAGUCGGUGGAAAACAACCCAGAGCAACUGCGAGCAGUGCUUGCCCGAAUUGUUUACUACAUCGUUCUGUCGCCCUAUGACAAUGAGCAGUCAGACCUGCUGCACCGCAUCCAACAAGAUAGCCGACUUUCUGUGGUUCCCAUGGAAAGUCGGUUGGUUAAGAUGUUUACCAUUCAUGAGCUCAUGCGCUGGCCGGUUGUUGCGGAGCAAUUCGGACCUCAUCUAUGUGACACCGAUGUUUUCGAUGCUAAGCCCGCGCAGUCCACUGAUGACCAGCGACACAAGAGAUGGCAAGAUUUUCGGAAGCGCGUGAUCGAGCACAAUGUCCGCGUGGUGGCCAAGUACUACACUCGCAUUCAAAUGGGCCGCCUCACCGAGCUGUUGGACCUGACGGAAGAAGAGACGGAGAAGUACAUUAGCGAACUGGUUAUGUUGAAGACUAUUUACGCCAAGAUUGACCGCCCUGCUCGAUUGAUCAGCUUCUCCAAACCCCGCGAUGCGGAUGACGUGUUGAACGAAUGGAGCAGUGACAUGAAGAGCCUUUUGGGUCUGUUGGAGCGCAUCGAUCACUUGAUCACCAAGGAAGAGAUGAUGGCCAGAAUCCUUCCGACCCGGGGCGAGAAGGGCAAGGCUCGUUAAAAUGCCUACCUUCAAGGACUUUAUGUGGAUAGCGGACAUGAAUGAAUUGGCGCUGGAUGUUUUCAACAGCGUGUAAAAUAAUCUACGGUAGACCACAUUGAAUAAUGCUCACCAUUGCAUGCUUUUCGU